AUGUUUAGAAAUACAUUUCAAUCUGGAUUCCUUUCGAUUCUAUACAGCUUAGGUAAUGAACCAUUACAGCUAUGGUCAUGUCAUUUGCCAGAAGUAGAUAAAGACAACGAAGCACAUAUAAAGAGAGUAGUGGAUGAUCACAUUAGUUCUGCAGUAAUUGAACUAUGUUCACCUAAUCUAUCCAAUACGUACAUCACUUGUCCUGCUCAAGCGAAUAAAACAUUAGGAAUCAAACUUCCAUUUGUUGUAUUGAUUGUCAAAAACUUGAACAAGUACUUUUCUUUUGAACUCGAAUUAUUAGACGAUAAAGAUGAAAAGAGACGUAUCCGUGCUUCAAACUACCAAAUUUCAACACGAGUAAAACCUUAUAUUGCUACCAUGCCAAUGCGUUUAGAUCCUGGCUGGAAUCAAGUUGUUGUUAACUUGGCUGAUUAUGUCAAAAAGGCAUUUGGUACAAACUAUUGUGAAACGAGUCGAGUGACAGUCCAUGCAAAUUGUAGGGUACGAAGGAUUUAUUUUACAGAUCGACUGUACAGCGAAGAAGAAUUGCCCUCAGAAUUUAAAUUAUUUCUACCGGUAAGCACGUCCAUAUGUGCAUGAGGGGGCAUAUCUAAUACGUGUAUAG